AUGACCGACAAUAUCACCUCAAACAAGACGGGCCACCCAACCCCCUCCGCUGCGAACGAGAGCACCCUCCAGCAACCAAGUGAUGUCCCGCAGUGUUCCCGAUGCCUUAAUCAAACUACCAUUGUCAAUCCUCGACCUGGCGCCGGCGGCACUACGACUUCCGGCCUGGUGAUUUCUGUCGGAGUCAGUCAUACCUGGCACUAUGGCAGCCCCACCGCUACAGUUGCCGUCCAGAUUCCCACCGGAGUCAAUGAGACGCCCACGGAUGCGGUCCAAAUUUGCAACAAGCCAAAGCGCAGACGCAGGAAGAGACCGGAUACGGCGGCCAGUGAUCUGUAA